UCCACUUACAGAGCAGCAAAUGUGCAUGACGCAUGGAGCUGGGGCCGCCCUACGUUUAUAAAAGCAAAUGUGUGCCUGUCAGUCAAGGGAAAAGCUUUUAUCAACCUGCGGUGGUGUGUUUUGAAACCGGGAAAUUUUAAACUCGCCGGCUCGGUCUUACGCUGACCCCAGACUUCGGCUUACCGUAACAUAAUCAACCUCUUAUUAACCAGUGCCAGAAGGUUCAGCAAUGGAGCGCACAAAAGCUAAUCUGUCGGACAACCUAACUGGCACUCCUCAAACUGCCAACCGGCAUUUGGAAGAGCGGUUAGCUACAACGAAGUAUCCCGCACGGACUGGGUCUUCCCAAGGGGUCUGCGAAAAUGGGAUACCCCUCUCAACAGUGCCCGACAGCUGGAAGGAGGAGCGUACCCGCAGCUUGGAAGAUAACGAGAUGAGUUUGCCAAGCCUCGCUGCUGCCUACACUACCAUCCUGAGGGGGCUUGGAGAGGACCCCGAAAGACAGGGUCUCCUUAAAACUCCGUGGAGAGCCGCAACUGCUAUGCAGUACUUCACAAAGGGCUACCAGGAAAAGAUAACAGAUGUACUGAAUGAUGCUAUAUUUGAUGAAGAUCAUGAUGAAAUGGUGAUUGUCAAAGACAUUGAUAUGUUUUCCAUGUGUGAGCAUCACCUGGUGCCCUUCAUUGGCAAGGUGCACAUAGGCUACCUCCCGAACAAGAGGGUUCUGGGGCUCAGCAAACUUGCCAGAAUUGUUGAAAUCUACAGCCGGCGAUUGCAAGUCCAGGAGAGGCUCACCAAGCAGAUUGCUGUGGCCAUAACUGAAGCACUGAAGCCGGCUGGAGUUGGAGUUGUCAUCGAAGCCACGUACUUAUCACAUGUGUAUGGUUAUGCGUGGAGUUCAGAAGAUGAACAGCAAGACAGUGACCAGCACAAUGCUUGGAGUGUUCCGUGAGGAUCCUAAAACAAGAGAAGAAUUUCUGACACUUAUCAAGAGUUGAGACCUUGCAGCACUACUGCAAACCGCCUUUUUGGAAACGCAACGCCACUGCCAAAUACAUCUUCUAAAACCACCAUCCGCAGAACAAGAGGGACAUCUGCCAGAUUCAAUACAAGAAAAGAGACAUUGCUUCACCACAGACACACAUUCUAACCCGGAAUCCAGAAAUCCUGAGAAGAGGCACAACAAUGCUAAUAACUGACAUAAAACAAGUUCUUUAGAUGAGCAUAUAUGUUAUCUUUAAGGCUAUUACAUUUAAAUAAUCCAGUUUUAAUGAGUAAGCCUCCACAGAAUAUCAUUCAAAACUUAAUGCACAUAAAAAGCCAGCUUCAAAAAGGAUGCCAUUUUGUUUACACAUAUACAUUCCAUAUGCAGAGUGGUAUCAUUACUUUGUUCAAUGGUGCAUUACUACAUUUGACCUUCAGCUCCAGAUGGGAAUCAUCACAACAUCUGACAGGAAAUCAACUGAAUGCCUCUAACUGAGAGAACAACCAAAACAUGUCAUAUAGGAUAUCACCUAUGAACACUUGAGAAGUCUAAUUGAUGGUUCAUCUCCAGGCUUAGGGCCAGCAUUUGUUAAUUUUGGAUAUGUUGAAAUCCCCUUCAUCAUGUGACACAGUACUUUUAUAUGUACAUUUUGGAGUCUGGCAAGCUCCACUCUGUUGGUCUCUUCAGGUCGCGUUUGUUCAUUCAAGUUUCCUGCGGGUUGCAGUAGUGCACCUUGCAAUGAUUUGUGAACUACCACACCCUUUUUACAGUGUUUAAUAUCUCUGCUAUUUAUUUAUUUAUUUAUUUUUAUGAAGGUUUCAGAACUACUCUGAAUAUAUGUUGUAUAAAUUAGACUUUUAAUGUUCAAAUUGCUGUCUCUUGUGUCAGUCCUUUGAAUGUAGUUUCUCUUUCCCCUUUCUUGAAACAUCCUGUACUGUUGUCUGUAAUGUGAAAUACUAGUCUACAAUUUGUUGUCUUUGAAAUAAUUGUCAGGGUUGUUUGUGUAGAGCAAUUUCCUUUAAGUAGACUAUGUAGGAACAAAAUGUUGAGGUGAGAUGGUUAGUAGUAGUAGUCAUAGGAACAAUUUUGACAAUUGUGACACAGUUGUACCUGGAGGUCAGUGGGUACUACGCUGUCACUUCCUAAUAGUGAUACAUUUUGCAAUGUGUAUCCUCAGGCUUAAUUGGGAUGUUGUUAGUUCUAUGAGACAUUUCACCCAGAUGUUUCAUAUUCUGCUGGUUUUAUCAGGGCACUGGUUUUUUUUGGUUUGUUUUAGAAAAAACAGUAAUAGUCACUCCUGUUGAGUCUAUGUUCAUUACACCAUCCAUUAAUACAUAUGUGGCCAAAAUUUAUACUCAGGUAAUAUCUAACAUAUAGAUGGAUUUGUAUAAAAUGCAGAGGAAAGACAAGUUUUUAGAUUUAUAAUUGGACAAUACACUCAGCAUGACCAAUAUGCAAGGAAACCCCUUGGGCACUAUUCAGAUUGCCCUUGCUUUCUGAAAAAAAAAAAAAAA